CAAAAAUCAAAGUCAGGGCCGGCAGUGAUCCAUUGAUCCCCUGAUGCAGCGGUCUUUGUCCUCUGGUCAGGGAGGUUUGAGCCACUUGGACAUCGACUGCAAGGAGGCUCUUCAGCAAUUGCUGCGGCCCAGUUACUAUGGGAUCAUCAACCCAUGGAUGGGUUCCGCGUCGACACGCCAGAAGCAGGACAUGAUCUUGUUGAAGAAAAGGAUGGAAGAAGCUGAUCGACCGGGGAAGAAUCCCUACCUCAUGGCGGAUGUUGGCAAGAUCCAGAUCACCUCCAACCCUUGGGGACGUGAACGCGAGUCCAAUGUGAUUCCCGUCACGGCGGACCGUAUCCAGGCGGAUCUCUUGAGAAAUCAGUCCGGGGCCGAGCAGCGCGACGUGCGAAGGGAGAAGGAGCGUCAGUACAUGGCCAGAUAUAGCGAGAUCCCGAGUACGGCCUCGGUGGCGGACUUCUUCCAACUGAGCAAGACCCCCGUCUUGGAGCAUCCUACCAUGAAGGUGCUGACAGAUCGCGUGCGUGGCAAGCUGAAGCACUGGCAGGUCCUGGGUCCAGAACGCAAUCCGCAUGAAGCAGCUGAGAUGAUGCGUGGAUUGCAAACCUUAGCAGCUGCCUGUGAGAGGCUUCCCAGUUAUAGCGAGUACAGCGCCACCAGCAGCAGCAAGGUGCACGAGCGUCUUUUUGGCUACUCCCAAGUGGUGCCCAGGGGGAACAGGACCCUGAAGUCUGUUCCCAAGUUGAGAAGGACACCUCUUUCCAGUUCAGCGCCGAUUCUACUGCGACCUCUUCUGGAUCCUGCAGAACUGGAGGCCAUUUCAAGGCCCGGUGGCACUGCAGUGCAGUUGAACGACUGCGAACCGCUGCAGCGCAUGAAGAACAUCGCCCGCUCAUCGCAGUCGCAGGUGCAAAUGUCCAUGGGCCCCACUGAUUGGAGUACCACCUCCAGGGACAUGGCCAAAGAUUAUGCUUCUUGAGGCGAGUGUCUCACAAGGCCAUGCUUGCCUUCCGCGGGCCCGUUUCACCGCAUCUUCUGUAGCCCGGUGAUCUAUCUCAUCAGAUCCAUGUACUCAGGCACUUGUACUCCUAAAUAGGAGGGUCUGAUGAGUACAAG